AUGUCAACUACACCAAUGGCAGCUCCUCCCGGAGCGGAUCUCAAGCCUGUCACCUCCUCACGCGGUCGAAGCAGCACAUCUGACGAGCAGAAACUACGAUCAAGCUGUGAAAGCUGUGCUCAGUCAAAGCUGAAAUGUUCUGGAGACAAGCCUGCUUGUGCGAGAUGUGCGAAGCGUGGACUGGCCUGCAAGUAUGUCAUUGCGAAGCGAGGGGGCAGGAAGCCCAAAGGCUACACGAGCACGAACGACAACAACCCAUCGAAGCGAAGGGAAGAUAGCCACUCUCCAGCGGCUUCUCAGUGGUCAUCCACGGGCCAUCUGGAACAAUCAUACCCAUAUUGCGAUCCUACAAUCAGUGGGUCUGCUUCGCCAGCCCUGAUCGCCAUGUCCGACUUUUACAAUCCAAUGGAUCAGAAUUUACCGGAUGCCCCAACCUCGCAUAGUGAUAUAUCCAUGGAUUUCGACUUCAACGACUGCUUCUCGCUCGGCUUCCCCAGCUCGAAUGAGCUCUCAGAUUUCUGCAACGUUGGCUCCACAGAUAUGUUCUCGCCCAGCCUCGAUAGCAGCAGCAGCAGCAGCACUGGUCCCGAACGACAGCUCCUUUGCGAUGGAUUUUCGCUCACAGACGAUGCAAUGUCGGACCUCUUCCCACUCUCACCUCCGGAACCUCAACAGCAGAUCUCCUGCACGCCGACCGAUAAGAAUCCACACAGCUACCAAGAGGCUUGUCUGAAUGGCUCUUGCUCCUGUUUAGUCGAGGCACUCAGCCUUAUGAAACAACUCGUCUCAUCGCCCGCGAGAAACGGCGCAGCCUCACCGCCAAACAUCCAAACCAUCAUCGAUCGUAACGAAGCCACGAUUGAGUCGGUACGAAGGAUGCUGGAAUGCUCGUGCUCACAGGACGAUGGAUACCUGCUUUCCGUGAUGUCUCUCAUCAUCUUCCGGGUGCUGGGAUGGUACGCUACCGUAGCACGCCAAACAGCUUGCGACGUCGACAGUCAACCAUCACGCUCUCCGCAAUCCUCAAUAUCUUCAGCUGGCAGCGGCUACUGUCUCGAAGGAGCAGACUCAGCACGGAUGGCAGCUCAACUUGUGCUAAGCGAGAUUCAUCACGUCCGAAGAAUCGUCCACCAGCUUUCUCUGAAGCUCAAAGCUCAAGGCGAGAAGGAGAGAAGUCGUCCUGAGACUAGAAUGGAAGGCUUGGAGGCCAUGGAUAACGAGAUGACUUUACCGCUUUCUGCUACAAUGUACGAUCAACUCGACGUGGAUCUGAAGAAGCGGUUACGAGCUCUUUCUUGGGAGAUGAUAGAUCGAUUACGCAGGUAUUGA